AUGCAACGUGAAUUUAUUGCCCAGUGUCCGCCACGCAUUAACUCCGUUGUAAAGAAGGGUACAAAUCGCUGUAUAAACUUAAUAUCGGCCAAAUUGGUGAGCAGAGGCGGGGGCGGGGCGGCGCCGCCGGUGAGGGGUAGAGGGGGCAAACAUCUGAAGCUUUUAUUGCGAUCAUCGUCUAUUGAUUCCGCUCAUAAGCCGUUGAAACAAGGAUAA